GAGUACGUGACGGGCAGUUCGCGUGGACGCUAACGCGACGACUUCAAUUCAAAAUCAACAUCGGAGAUAUUCAGAAAUAUCAAGUUUAAACAUAAUUUUGUCUAAAAUUAUUUUUUAUUUAAAGUAAAAGUGUAAAAUGGGUUGUGCAAGUAGUAACCCUCUAGUGGAGGGUGGCAAAAACCUGAUGGACAACGCCAAACAUGCCACUGAUAAUGUUAUAGGCAUGGGUGAGAAAGCCAUGAAUGACGCAGGCGAUGCAGUAAAUACAGGAAUAGAUCACGUGAAACACGCAGUAGAGUCUGGUAUCAACACAGCGCAAAAUUCAAUCGGGACAGUGGUUAACAAUGUAGAAAAUACUUUAGGUAUUGCAAAGAACAAAGCGGAAGAAACAGCAACAAUGGUAGGAGACAACGUGCAAGACAUAAGCGCGAAAACAGGCGAGGUGGUAGAGGAAACUAUCUCAGACGCAAAAACAGUACUAGCCUUUGAAGACGCAACCAACAAAAUGGAAAACGAAAUAAAAGAGCUCGAAAGCAUGGAGGAAGAAUCGGCGAAAAAAUUAGACGCACUCAAGGAUGAAUUCGGCGAAACAGUGGAAGUGAUGGAGACGAAAAUGGAGGAAACGCUGCACAUUGAGGAUGUGGAUGAGUCGUCUACGUCUGCGACGACAGAUGGCCCUACGACCACCAGCGGAGAGGAAUCGGGUGGAAAGGAGGAGAUACGCCGGCAGCCGACGCCAUGGGAGGUGGCAGCGGACGCAAUCCACAAUCGUCGCGUUAGCAUCGCCGCCAUUGGCGCAUUAGAAAACUACGUUGAUGCAGGUGAAGAUGCCGAUGAUGAUGCUGAUUUUGAUGAUCCGGACAACCCCAAUGCUGAAUACGAUGUAGAGUCUAACAGUGAUGCUCAUACAUCGCUGCUUUCCACAAGCAUCUCAACCAGCACCACGUCAACACUCUCAACGAGCAGUGGUGCAUUUGCCACUGCGCCCGGCGCCGCCACCCAUACUUCGGACUUUUAUGACACUUCUACAACCACCACCUCCUCCAAGGAUUAUCCCAGUGGAAAUGCCACCGCUGAUAUUCUGCUCAGCGAUACCAUUUCGAUCAAGUCUUACAAGAGUGAAAUUUAAUACAAAUUUUAACGAAUUUACUCGAACACAUAUUGUACAUAUUUUAAAUCGAAUUAAUUUAAGUUGAUGUUGUGAUUUAUGGUUAAAAAGUUUAUCGAUUAUAUAUAGGUAAUUAUGUGUAGAAUAUUUUUAUACUAAAUUGUAAUAGUAUGCGUUGAAAUUAACAGAACCAAAAUUGUUUCAAAUUUUGGAAUAUAUCGCUUCAUGAUUAGAUUGCACAAAAUCAAAAUUAUAUGUAAUAUUAAUAAAAU